AUGCCAAGUGAAAAGGAAAAGAGACAGAGAAUUGAAGCAAACGAGGACGCAGGCACGAAACGCCGGAUGGACAUGGCGCAAGGGAGAAGGUCAGAGUGCAAGAGACCAGAUGUCAUUCGUUCACCUACAUGGAUGCUGAACAGUCAAAGAGGGAAUAGCUUUGAGUUUGCUACUUUUUUAGUGAGUCUUCUGCUAGGCCAAGGUUACAAUGCAUUCGUAGUUAGCGGUUACGCGUCUAGGGAGCAAACGAUGUAUGACAUGUCCAUGAAUCCUUGUCCUUACAUGCCAAAAUCUGAGGAAUUAUCAACAGUAUCUGAAACUCCAAAGGUGUCCAAGUACCAACUAAAACCACCACCUGAAUUCCGAAGUAAAUUGCUGAUGGAAAUAGAGGAGGAGGAAGUACAAAGACAGCAGGAAGAAGAGCAGCAGCAAGAAGAGAAACGUCGGAAAUUAAUUCUUGAACAGGAACGCCUUCCUCCAGACGAAUACUGGGGCUAUCGAGUACACGCGUGGGUUGUCGUGCUGCCUGAAGCAGGUGGUGCUCGCCGUCAGGAAGUCCUCGAGCCUUUUUUUAUCGAACCCUCAUCUGGGCAAUGCUACUCAGUCAACAAUCAUCAAACCAAUCUUUUGUAUCAUGGAGUAGAGAGCAUUUGGAACGAUCGCAAUUACUGGGUCAAUAUGCAAAUGUGUACUGAGGCUUGCAUUAACAUUAACUGGGACCUCACCGAUAACCGCCAUUGGGAACACUUGCUUCCAGGUGAACCUCAUACUAUGCACAGUGUUGAAGAGACCAAAGCUGAUGAAGAUUUGAACAUACAGCAAGACAAACAUUUAGAUAUGCCAAUGUCCUAUGUUGAACAAAUUGACAUUCACACUUUAGAUUACGAACGUCGAUUUCCGAAUGGUAGGAAGAUUAUGUAUUUCAAGAAAGUUAAGGUGGAGUUGUGUGCUCCCUAUAUACAAAUGGAUGGUUUGAUCGAAAAGAUUACAAUUUAUGAUGAUUAUAAAUGGCAAUUUCCUACUAGGGUGUAUGAAAAAUAUAUCAAUCGAGGAGAUAAGCUCAAAGAAUCAACUCAUUAUUUGGAUACGGGACUUGUAGUUGAUAGGUACAAUCGAGGAAGACCUGAUGCAGUAAAGGAGCAUCAAUAUAUGUCAACGGAUAAUGAUACACUAGAAGAAAAAAGAACUCUCGAGUUUUAUGAUGUCGUGCGGGGCGAUGGAUUAUCGAAAAUCGAAAUACACCCGUCGUAUCUCAUACAAUACUACGUUGGUCGAAAGGAUCUUCUUUAUUAUCGAUAUGUCGAGUUUUCAUCAGAAAAAAAAUCAAAAUCUCGUCAAGGCAUACAUUAUCGUGACGUUUCGAAAAUCAUUGAAAAAUUUAAUCGGAAUAAAAACAUUCCCGUUGAAAAAGAUAUUGCAAUCAGAGAGUUUUGCAUUAAAGACAAUAAAAUUGAACUGAUGUACCAUUAUAAGGAUUAUAAUAUAACUAGAGCUACUAGGACCUUCAUCAAACCAACUGAUAGAGGUGAUGAACUGGUAUUUGAUCCUGACAUGACUUAUGGAUACAACCCAAAUCCUGAAGCUGUUGAAGAGAAGCCAUUGGAUUUGUAUAAUUUGCUGGAACGUCAAUUGAAAGAUGAGCAACAGUCAUUAGUUUAUGUUCAAGAUGCUGAAAGAAUGGUUAAUGAAUUUUUAAAACUCAGAAAAAGCGAGUAUGGAAUUCCAAAAUUAUCUGUAUCAAUAUUUGAUAAAAAUAGAAAUGAAGAAGCGAAGGCAGAAAUGAUAGCAAAGGAAGAAGCACUGCAUGCCCAAAGUCUUCGUCAAGUUGAAGAAGAAGUGGACUAUUUGGCUCCGUAUAUAGCACGACGCGGAAAUCCUGAUAAGUUAACAAAAAGUGAAGCUCUUGAAAUAUCCCAAGAAUGUCUUGACGACUUGAAGCAGAUGUUGGUCAAUCGUGCCAAUAAGAUAUGGUGUCAACUGCAAGCAAGUCGUCGUAAAUUUGAACAAUUACAAAAUCAAUUAGAACAGGUAGACGAUUUAUCAAAGGAAGAGGAAGAGAAACUCAUUGAGGAGACGAAUAAUGUCAACUCUGAAAUGCAGACACUGGACGUUAGAUUGAAACGUCACUGUGCUCUGGCAUCAGUACGUUAUCAAUCAAUGGUUAAGAAACUGAAGGAACACUGGCGAUUGGAUUCUCUUGCUGAAUAAGUAAUAAGAUACCAUUCGAGUUCUUGAAACUGUG